CCGAUUGUAAGCAUGGAAGCAAAUAACACUACGGUAUCGAACGUGACCAUGGUGACUGAUGAGGUGGAGAUGUUUGUGGAGAUGCAUCCAGCCUGGAUCGCUACCAUGUGCGUCUUCUACAUCGUGGUGGGAUUCCUGGGCGUCUUUGGUAACUGCAUCGCUCUGGUGGCCCUGGCAACGACUCCCAAGCUUCGUAACACCUGCACGGCACUCAUCGGCAAUCUGUGCGUGACGGACCUGAUUACCAGUUUCCAGCUGCUGUUCAUGAUGACUCCAACCCAACUCCUCAAAGGUUUCCCCGAGAACUUGCUGCUGUGCGCGGUGGUCGUGUACCUGCCCACCACCACCUACAGCGUGUCGCUGACAACUCUCAUGUUCAUCGCCUUCAACAGGUACCUCCUGAUCACCCGUCCGCGCACCUGCUACCGGGCCUGCUGUGGUAGCAAGCAGGUGGUGCUCAUCAUCGUUCUGAUCUGGCUCAUCAAUUUCAUGAUUUUCAUCCUGCCAGCUAUCACCGGUACACGAGAGGUGAUUUACGACCGCGAAGAACAGGGCUGCAAAACCGAGACAAACUGGUUGGUUGGCACAAUCAUGUUUUCCUUUUACGUCGUUGUUCCCGCGUUCGUGGUCGUACCACUGCUGUACGGGUUGACCAUCUGCGCGGUGAAGGCCAGCCACCAGCGGGUGCACGCCCGUGGUACCACCGGUGCUGUGUGCGAGCAGCCCUCGGCGCUCCCGCCUGGACAUGACGGGGAUGCCAGCGUGGUCUCCACCGUGUCCAACUCCGUGAAGAACAACAAUCAGGACGACAACCCGGCGAGGCAUCCCCGUUUCAUUAGCAAGCGAGAUAUCAACCUGACCCGGCUCCCCAUCCUGAUUUUCAUUGUCUUCGCCGUGUGUUGGACGCCGCAGCUCAUUAACCACAUCUGCAGUCGCUUCAUGAAAGUAUCCGUCUAUUACCGUAAGGUUGCCACGCUCUUCAUAUGGGCCAACUCCGCCAUCAAUCCGUACCUGUACGCGUGGUCCAACCGAAAUUUCAGACAAGCUUACCAGAGGAUUCUGAAGAACUUGAAGGAGUGAAGUCCAACUGUAAGGCUAGACUCUAAACCAAAUUACAAGGCUAUAGACUCUAAACAAAUUUGUAGGCUAGGCUCUAAAUCAUUUUGGCUAAUAGAUGAAAUGAGAAAAAGUCUGUUUUGGAAUCAGAUGAGCCAGUUUUCUAAAUUAGUUAAAGGGAUAAUGUAUUUUUUUAUGCAGUCCUUGUAAAUGCACCUUUG